AUGAAGUGCGUGAGCCACCAGCAGGCCAGCCAGCUGCUCCAUAACAAGUUCAUUGUGGUUCUGGGAGACUCUAUUCAGCGGUCUGUAUACAAGGACCUUGUUCUGCUGAUACAGAAGGAGAAAUAUCUCACGUUAAGACAACUCAAGAGUAAGGGGGAGAUGAGCUUUGAACAGGACUGUCUGGUAGAAGGGGGCUGUCUAAGCCAAAUGCACAAUGGAACACAGUACCGAGAGGUUCGGCAAUUUCAGUCGGCCCACCACCUGAUCCGCUUCUACUUUGUGACACGCAUCUACUCUCGCUACAUGCAGAGCAUCCUAGAUGACUUCUGCCAUGGCUUGAAACCAGAUGUAGUCAUUGUCAACUCCUGCGUUUGGGACAUUUCAAGAUACAAUUCCUCUUGGAUUGAUGACUACAAGAAGAACCUAUAUACGUUCUUUGACGAGCUGAGAACGAUUCUGCCUGAGGAAUCCCUGGUCAUAUGGAACCUCACUAUGCCCUUAGCAGAGAAGAUCAAAGGUGGUUUCUUGGUGCCUGAGAUUGAGCACAAGGCCCCCCAGCUGCGUUACGAUGUGAUCGAAGCAAACUUCUACAGCGGGACUCUGGCUGACGCCCACGGGAUGGAUGUGUUGGACCUCCACUUCCAGUUCCGCUUCUCCCUGCACCAUCGUACAAACGAUGGAGUCCACUGGAACGCCAUUGCCCACCGCAGGAUAACCUCCCUGCUGUUGCAGCACGCUGCACAGGCCUGGGGCGUCAUUAUGCCCUGUCCACUGAGAGCUGUUGGAGUGCGUCAAGUACAGUGUGCCUCUAACUACCCCUACCCUCCUGCCAACUACUUUUCCAGCAUGGAGAGGUACUCAACCAAGAGAAAUUACAACAGCUAUAGGGAGGAAUUCUUCAGCAAUUCCCUCCCUUAUAAAUAUUUGAGCUUCGAGGGCCACAACCCGCAGCAGCAGACGUAUCGCCAUGAGGCUGCUGGAGCUUACAGACCUGCCCUCUCACCGCAUCCUCACCCACCAAUCCACAGACACAAAUAUAAACAUGGACAUGUUGGAAAUGGUUUCGACUACAGACCUCCCCACCACUUUGAGCCCUACAAUGAUCACCAUCAUAAGUACGUGAUGAGGAGCCGACGCAGCAGACACCACUAUGCUCCAUACACCCAUCACAGAACCAUAUAA